AUGAAGAAACUUAAUUGUUUCUGGACAUUAGGUCUAUGUUUGGUAGCCAGCAAACUUUCCAAGGCAUUGGUCAUAAACCCCAGGGUGCCAUCUAUCUAUGACUCAAAAUUUAUACAGGAGAUUGUUGACAGCCAUAAUGAACUUCGAAGCAAGGUCAACCCCUCGGCAGCCAAUAUGAACUACUUGUAUUGGGAUAAGAAAUUAGCAAAAGUGGCCGAAUCAUGGAGUAACAAGUGCCAAUUUGCCCAUAACCCCUGUAUUAAUAAACAAUAUCAAUGUGAUAAAGAUUAUGACGUUCUUGGAGAAAACAUAUUUUUAGGUGGAAUACAAACUACACCAAAACGUAUGAUUUCAUAUUGGUAUAAUGAAAGUCAACAUUAUACUUUUGAUACUAUGGCAUGUUCUAAAGUCUGUGGCCAUUAUACACAGGUAGUUUGGGCCAAUUCACUUAGAAUUGGAUGUGCACUGUCCAGCUGUCCUAACCUGGGAAGUUCUAUGGGACUAUUUGUAUGUAAUUAUUCACCACCAGGAAAUUAUAGAGACACCAAACCUUACAUAAAAGGAGAAUCCUGCUCCAACUGUACAACAAGUGACUGCAAAGAUAAUCUCUGCCAUGACUGGGUUGUUUCUAUAAGAAUAUAA